AUGGAGGGUCAUGCUGAAUGGUUUGACACUUCGUACAACACCAUGUUGGCAAUGCGCGCGGAGUCCCCAGCUCCAUGGAACGUGGAACCUGACCUGACUCGGCUGAUCCCUAUGGACCCUUCCUGCAAAGCGAACUUCCUGAAAAUAGACGUGAAUUGGUUCAAGGGUGCUGACACAGUAUCCAUUCUCCUGUUUUUGGAACAUACACUUCAAGACAAACUUGACACCUUUACGGAUGAAGACACCAAGAAGUUGUUCGAGUUGUGUCUCGUGGCUACAUCAUCAGCCAACAAAUUCAUGAAGACUUUGUACAAUGCUGGAUUUUGGCUCUCAUUUUCCGAACGACAGGACCUUAUUUCUCAUGGCCACAGACUGCUCAAUGCUUUCAAUUCUUGCGCAGACCUGUGCUAUUGGGCAGACCUAACGCGGUUCAAACUGCAACCUAAACAGCACAUGUUUGGGGAGCUGGUGUUUGAAAUUGAAUUUCACCAUCGACAUAAGUGGCCGACUCCCAACCCACUAGCCUACAGCACACAAAUGGAUGAAGACUUCGUGGGGAGAAUUUGCGUAUUUUCACGAAAAGUUUCAAUUCGCUCAAUUCAUUCUAGAACUUUGAGUCGAUAUCAAAUUGCCUUAAGGGCAUUGCUGUAA